AUGCAGUUCUUCAGCAAGUUCGCCGUCGCGGCGAGUCUUGCGACCGCGGCUGUGGCCACGGCGCCUGGUGGAGAGUAUGGCGCGCCCAAGGAUACCACAUGCACCGACGAGACCACGAGCGUGCCUCCCCCGGCGUCCGUCACCAUGCCAGUGUCCAGCUCUGCUGGUCCUGUUUCGUCUUCCAAGCCGGCCGUCUACCCGACCUCCUCUUCUGAGGCCGUGCCAGUAGGCUACGCAUCUUCGUCGUCCUCAUCCGCCGCGCCAGCAUCGUCCUCGAAGCCGGCCGUUUACGGAUCGUCUUCCGCUUCGGCGCCCGCAGGCUAUGGAUCUUCCUCUGCCUCUGCUCCGAUGGGCUACGGUUCAUCCAGCAGCAGCAAGGGUGCGUCCAGCUCAUCUGGUGCCGCCGUGUCUUCGUCGGCCUAUGCAUCAUCAAGCAGUGGUGCCGCUUCCUCUUCCUCGAAGCCAUACGGCUACGGAUCUUCUUCCGCCUCUGCCCCAGCAGGCUACGGAUCGAGCUCUUCCGCCUACGGAUCAAGCAGCUCAGGAGCCGCGGUGUCUUCUUCCGCCUACCCGUCAUCAAGCAGCGGUGCUGCCAGCUCUUCAUCUAAGCCGUACGGCUAUGGAUCUUCUUCUGCCUCGGGGCCUGCGGGCUACGGAUCAAGCUCAUCCGCCUACGGAUCAUCGAGCAGCGGUUACGCUAUCUCGUCUUCCGCCAGUGCUUCUUCCGCAUACGGAUCUUCCGCUUACCCAGUGAGCAGCUCGGCUGGCGCUGAGUCGUCUUCUAAGCCAUGGGGUUACGGAUCUUCGUCUGCUUCGGGACCCGCAGGCUACGGAUCAAGCUCCUCUGCCUACGGAUCAUCGAGCAGCGGUUACGCUAUCUCGUCCUCCGCCAGUGCUUCCGGCUACGGAUCAUCGAGCAGUGGUUACGCCAUCUCCUCUUCCGGAUCACCAUCGAGCAGUGGUUACGCCAUCUCUUCCUCUGCGUACCCAUCGAGCAGCGGUUAUGCCGCCUCGUCUUCGAAGCUAUGGGGCUACGGAUCGUCUUCCGCCUCCGGACCUGCAGGCUACGGAUCCUCUUCGGCAAGUGCUUCUUCCGCCUAUGGAAGUUCCAGCAGUGGAUACGCGAUCUCGUCUUCUGGAUCGCCAUCGAGCAGCGGUUGGGGUGUGUCUUCUUCUGCCUACCCAUCGAGCAGCGGUUACGCAAUCUCCUCUUCUGAGUACCCAUCGAGCAGUGGCCUCGCGGAGUCUUCUUCCAAGCCCUACGGAUAUGGAUCUUCGUCUGCUUCUGGCCCUGCAGGCUACGGAUCGUCCUCGGCAUCGUCUGCCUACGCCAUCUCUUCUUCCGCCUACCCAUCGAGCAGCGGGUAUGCGGCGUCCUCUGGAAGCUACCCUGCAGGCUACGGAUCCUCUUCUUCUGGGUUCGCGCUUUCGUCCUCGAUCUCGCAAUACCCGACCGGCUACGGUUCGUCUGCUGGUCCAGCAUCUUCGUCUAUGCCAGGUGCCUACGGAUCGUCUUCAGCACCUUACCCGAUCUCGUCCUCUGGUGCCGCCUACUCCUCAUCCAUGCCUUAUGCAUCCGGCUCCAUGAGCUACCCAUCGGGCUACGGAUCUGGCAGCAUCAGUGCGAGCGCGUCCUACACCACCGACUACACCACCUCGACCAUCUACGACACCGUCACCUACACUCAGACUAGCUGUGCGCCAGAAGUUACCGACUGCCCAGCCUCCUCCGGACACCCCGUUGUCGUGACCGAGACCAUCCCAGUUUCCACCACGAUCUGCCCAGUCAGCGAGGUCACGCCAACUGGCGACUACUCUACUUCCGUGUUCGACACUACCGCGACUUACACUCUUGGCCACGGAAGCUCCACGACUGUCCUGACCACCACAAUGCAGACCACUUCGACCGUCUACCUGACCAACACCGUCUACGCCACCAAGUCCUCCAGCGAAGUGCCCGCGUACGGCUCCGGAUCGCCAUCCGAAGGCUCUCCAUCUGGUUACCCUGCCGCCUCUUCAGCGGAUGCUGCUUCUAGUGGAGUUCCAGCGUACGGCUCGCCAUCUGGUGCGUCCUCCGCAGGUGCCGAAUCUUCCGGCGCUGUCCCAGCAGGCUACUCCGGCACCAAGACCUUCACCACCGAGUCCACCUCGACCCAGACCAACUACAUCACUGUCUACACGGCUGGCAGCUCUGCCGGUGCUGAGACUUGCGGAACCGGCGCAACUCAAACCGUCACCGAGACUGAACUCGUCACAAUCACUGUUGGCGGCGGCUCUUCUCCAAGCGGCCCGGCUGGUUACCCAAGCCACGGCGCCGGACCUGCGCCUUCUGGCAGCGCUUACUACCCAUCCGGCUCCGCCUCGGCAAGCUGGGCCGGCCCAACUGGCUUCAGCACUUACCCCAAGCCCAGCGGUUACGGUUCAUCUUCCGCUGCGGCCGUCUCUUCCUCGACGAGCGGUGUCCCGGCCACCCCGACCCCUGACUGCUGGAGCAAGUGCUUCGAGGAGGCUGGUGUCACGGGCAAGUCUGAGCUUUGCGGCAACGAUGAUGUGAGCAAGUGCAUUCACGACACCUGCUCCUCUGCCGAGGACAAGAAGUACUGGUCGUGGUACGAGAGCUUCUGCGUUGCGUCCAGCUCCUCUGCUGCCCCGGCUAGCUCAUCGGCUGCGGUCUCAUCUUCUUCCGCGGUCGCCUACCCGUCUUCCGGUGCCGCUGUGUCGUCUUCCUCUGUGGCCGUCUACCCAUCCUCGUCCGGAGCCGCCGUAUCCAGCUCUGCUUCCAUCCCAGCUUACCCAAGCUCGUCCGGCGCGGCCGUCUCGUCCUCAGCACCAGCAGGCUACCCAAGCAAGCCAGCGAGCUCUUCCAGCGCAGGCCCCGCCUCGUCCUCGAAGCCCGCUGAAUACCCAAGCAAGCCAGCCAGCUCCGCGCCACCAGCCUACUCCACCCCAGUAGUCUCCAGCGAGACCGCGCCCGUCUCCUCGGCGCCCCCAGCCUACACCUCGCAGCCCUACGCCUACGCCCCGGCGUCCUCCUCCGCGGCGCCUGCACCCCCGGCCUACACCAAGUUGUAA